UUCACCAGAUUGCUAAAGCUGUGGCGAGACAACGUCCGAGUCACUGCAGUAUUGACAACAACAAGGCCGAAUAACAAAUAAAAUACUGACUGCAAACAUGUGGGAUGGACCUGGGCCCAGGCAAGGACCACGAGGAGGACCAUCCUUUCGUGGUGAUCAUCGUGGAGAAAUGUUCGGGGGCAGAGAUCGCCCCAUGCCUGACUAUAGAGGUAGAGAUGAGAUGAAUAUGGGUCACAUGGGCCCAAGACCUCAUGAUCUUCCAUCUAUGGACAUGAGAAGGAUGGAUGGACCACCCAUGAGAGGCCGUGACAUGGACCCACGUGAUAUGCAGGGUAGAGAGCCUAACAGAGAUUUUUUCAGACGGGGAGAGGAACCUGAUUUCACCCUCAGGAGGCAAUAUGAAAUUUCCAUCAGGGACAAACUUAUGAACUUUUCUGGUUUUCCGGGACCAGGCAGGAACUUAUCUGAAAUGGGAGGGAGGGGUAUGCCACCAUGGGAUCCAAACAACAAAUUUAAUGACAUUAGAGACAGAGAGUCAUUUCAGCCCAACAUGCCACGGUUCAAUAAUCCAAAUGUUGAUGGAAGAAGGGGGUUUCCAAUGGACCGAAAUGAUGGAUGUAGGGAUAUGCGUGACUGGCAGCCAAUGGGCACUGGUGAUGGCAAUCGCUAUGAUAUGGACUUACCUCCACAUGAGAACAGAAGGAUGGACUCUGAUAGAAGAGGAGGUCCACCUUUCAAUCCGAGAGGUGAAUUUGAUUCUGAUAUGGAUUUCCGAAAUCGUCCCGGACCAUCUGCUGAAUUUAGAGGAAGAGAUCGAUCACCUUUAAGAUUUGGAAGCAAUGAUGUUCCCUCGGUGGACAGGGCGAGAUCAGAUAUGCCUCCAGACUUUUCUGGCCCUCAAAGAUCUGAGUUUAUGGGUGCAGAAAACACUCUCAGACAGAACGAGUAUCCAGAGUCAAGUGAUAGUCCCCUUACGGAUUAUCGAAGUGGUGAAGAGAUGACUCUUGCAGAAGAAUGGAAAAACCGCCAAAAGGAAAAAAAACCUUUUGUGGGUAAAAGUAUUGGAGGUGUAUCUGAACCAAACUUCCCUGUAGGUUUUGGCAAUGAUGUGAAAAUUAGAGAUGCACCACCUUUUCAGGAAAGGAAUAGGCCUCCUGUAGAAUUUCCAAGGAAAGAUAUUGGCUUUGCUCGUGAUGAACGCUUUCCUGUUAUCGACCUACCGCCAAUUGGUAGCAAAGGCCCACAAGAAAAUCCACCUCCAGAAAUAAGUAAGUUUACUGGACCCCCUGGUAGAGAAAAUGAAAGUGAACAUUGGCUUGGGGAAAGGCCCCCAAAACAUAUUCAAAAUAAAUCCCAUGGUCAAGAAAGGCCUCAUUACCAUCAAGAGAAGAACUUGCCCAAACCAGAGAAUCAGGAGCCAAAGGAUUGUUUUAAAGGGAUGGAAGUCAGUCCAAGUCCUGCCAGGGUUAAAAUGGAACUGGAACACAAUUUCCAAAGCAGCAACACCAUGCAGGUGAGAGACCAAGACUACAGGGACAUUGAUUACAGAACAGGUUCUGGCAGAAACUUUGAUUACAAACAUGAGGACCUUCAAGGACCAGAGGAGAAACUCAUUACGGAAUCCAAACCAAUCACACCUUCAAAAUUUAGUGAAUCUGGUUCUCAGGAUCAGGAUUACAGGAGCGCAUCAGUGGAGGAGAAGGUUUCCAAUACUAUAUCCAUCAUUGGUAUUCCAAAGACUGCCACAAUGGAGCAGAUCCUUGGUGCCUUUGCAGUUCGUGAUGGUGUUCCAAUGCAGGGGAUGAAAAUCAAAAAUGUUGUGCCAGGUUACAGCUACGAUACGGCCUAUGUGGAGUUUUUAAACCUCGAGGAUGCAGUCCACUUCAUGGAGUCCAACAAGGGAUCCCUAAAGGUUGGCACUAAAACGGCAACCAUGAAAUUCAUCCAGCCAGACAAGCAUGAAAGAGUCCAUGAAUCUGAUCACAAAGUGCCUCUACUCCAGGAGCCCCAGUUGCCCAGACCAGACGAACCCUCGAAGGAUUUUAAUAAUAGUAACCUGAACGGGACCAAACCCAAGGGUCCCGUGGAGCCAGUGUCCCAUGGUGCUUGGCAGCGCAACUCUGACUUAACUCCAGAGGCGUGGCAGCAGCAGGUGGACCAGCAGCUGCAGCAGCAAGAGAGGGAGCAACUGGCAGACUCUUGGGGCUCCCGCAUCCAUCCUCCUCACAGUUCACAGCGAUCUGAAUCUGUCUUUAAAGACAGCAAAACCAUGAUUAUAAAGAAUGUGAAGACCACCACCUCAGUAGACACUAUCCUGAAAGCCUUGGAUCCCUUUGCAUAUCUGGAUGAACGAAACGUCCGUCUCGUCAAGGGCAAGCCGCCCGGAACAAAGUGCUUCUGCUUUGUGGACAUGGACUCCCAUGAGCAAGUGACACGUCUGGUUGAACUCCUCACUAAACCUAGACCCCUUUAUAUUGACGGAGUCAGAGUUUAUGCUGAAGUUGCCAAACCCCUGAAGAACCAAAGUUUUAGAAGAGAUUCCGAUAAACCAAACAGUUCUAUCCUUGGUUAUCCACCCGAGCCCAACACGAUGGGGCAGCUACCGUUCUCACAACCUCCGCAGUUUCUGCAGCCACCUGCUGCUCCUCCUGCUGGAAUGACAGGUGAUUUGUUACCUGCCACUAAUCUGUCAUUAGAUCCCAGCAUUAGUCAGGGAGCUGGUUUCUGUGAAACCCAAACUAUGGAUCCUUCAUUUCAUGCCGGUGGACCUCAUGUGCCCACAGAGUCGGCUGGUAUGAGCGCUGGUAUAGAUGGACAGGCUUACAUGUCUGGCUCUGAAAUCCCAGACAUUGCCAACUACUUGUUUGACGCCACAUCAGGCUUCUACUACGAUCCUGAGACAACAUUUUAUUACGACCCCAACUCUAGGUAUUUCUACAAUGCUCAAACCCAGGAGUACAUGUACUGGGAUCCGACAACAAAGACUUACAUCCCAGUUCCGGGAGGGAACUCCGCUGCAGAGACCCAACCUGUGGCCAUGACUGCCGAGGACCAGGCUAUUCUUUCCAACCCAGCGGCAGACGCUCCUCUGGAAAUGAAGAAACCAUCGGUGACUCCCUCGACCCCGGCCGAUUUGGUAGCCGCUAACACGUCCGCUCUGGAGCCCGAUCCCGUUUCUGCAGCGACUCCCGAGAAGAAAGAAGACGACGACUCUGCGAAAAAGGACAAGGAUAACAAAGAAGACAAGCCGAAGAGUCUCGCUGCCGUCAAGAUCAUGAAAGAUAUGGAGCGCUGGGCGAAGAUCCAAAAUCGUCAGAAGGACAUUGUCCGUUCCCCGUCACCGCUGCUGAGGACUGGAAUGGAUGAUGAUAGGAGGCAGUCCAAGUCAGCUGAUGCUGGUUUUGCUAUCUUUGAGAGAAAGAUCUCAGGUGGAGAUGAUCUUUUUAAAAAGCCCCUUGCUCCAGCAAAGAAAGAUGAAAAGUCAAAGCGUUCAAUGGGCUCUCUCGGUAUGCUGGCGUCAGACUAUGCAGCCGGAAGUGACGACGAAAUUGAAGAGGACAAGGAGGAGGCGGCUAAAAGCAGUCAGAGCGGCCAGUCUGAUGACAGGGAAGACAAACUGACAGACUGGAAAAAGAUGGCCUGUUUGCUGUGCAGGAGACAGUUCCCCAACAAGGACGCUUUGAUCCGACACCAGCAGCUCUCUGAUCUGCACAAACAAAAUAUGGAGAUCCAUCUCAAGAUCAAGAGGUCAAAGAAGGAGUUGGAAGCACUAGAAAAUCAAGAAAGAGAAUUGAGUGCUAAAGAAUCAACAAGAUCACCAGAACAGAAAAAAAGAAAACAGCAGCAGCAACAUAACACCUGGGCUGGGGGCUCCAGGGAGAUGAGUAAAGUCAGUGAGAGGCCCGGCUUAGGGGCUGAACCCAUUCAACAAAGGAAAAAGAAAGAGCAUGUCGUUUGGGACCAUGCCACCUACAAACAAGCAGUUCGCAAGGCCAUGUUUGCACGGUUCAAGGAACUGGACUGAUCAAAUUCUUACUUUAAUAUGUGAUACAUAUAUAUAUAUAUAUAUAUAUAUAUAAAAUGUGAAUGAAGUGUUUGCCCACCCUCGGCUCCAAAUCACCUGCACUGUUUUCCCUGUUUGCCAUGGACAUUGUCCCCGCUGUAUAGCCACAGUUUUGUACACUGAGAUUAAAAAUGGUGCGGUCUUUCACACAACGGAGGCAUGAUGGACGGUUUUCAAAAAAAAAAACAAGAAUUCUUAUUAUACAUCAUCGGCGAUGUAUGUUGUACAGAAAUGAUCUUGUGUCGUUCAUUCGAGUAUUCUUCCCACAAGGUGUGUGUGUGUGUGUGUGGCCUGUAAUGUAGAACCCCUGAAAUGUGUCCACACCGUUUUUUUUGUUUUUUUAUAUAUAAAUAUAUUGCGGUCACACUGGUUAGAAAGGUGAUUUUUACAUUUUAAUUCUCGUCAGUUGAAUUUGCUCUUAUGUGCAUAUUUUUAAGUAAAAAAAAACAAACAAACAAAA